GUCUCCUGUGGGCGGUGAAAACAAACUUGGCAUGAGAGCUCUGCAAACAAGUUCGGAGAUACAGCGACCCGUCCAGUCAGUGCCACCGCCCGCAGCAGCAGCAGCCGGGGACGGCAGGGAGGGCGAACCGGUAGCGGAGCCAGCUCCUGACAGUCAAAUGAAAACAGAAGCUUUAGAAGAAUCUUUGCUUGUUGACUAAAGGAAAAGUGACCCCAGGGACGUGUAAUAUUUAUGUGACUACAGUACCUGAAAGAAGCGCUUAUAUUUGUCUGCACUUAGAUUUAUCCGCACUGCUGUUUAGAAGACGCCAUUAUCCCUAUUCUUCUCAUGAGGAGCUGUGGGAAGGUGAUGCACUAGGAUGGCUACCGCCGUGCAACCAAAUGAACUGGUGUUCGAGUUUGCAAGUAAUGUCAUGGAGGAUGAUCACCAGCUUGAUGACCUUUCCAUCUUUCCUGCUGUCAUCGUGGAGCACAUUCCAAAUGCAGAUUUACUGCACAGUUAUUCCGGGUUAAGCUGUGUUGAUGAACCAAAUGACAUGAUCACUGAGAACUCCCUGGACGUAGCAGAGGAGCAGAUUAUAGAAGACGAUGAUCUCACUCUUACAGUGGAAGCAUCCUGUGAGAAUGGAGAUGAGACCAUGGAAACCAUUGAAGCAGCAGAAGCACUUCUUAAUAUGGACUCUCCUGAUGGCUUGCUGGAUGAGAAAAAACUAGCUAACAUUUUCUGUACAUCUGAGGAUGAGCUGAUGGGUGCCCCAAUCACACAUGUGUCUGUCACUGUGGAUGGAAUUCCAGAAGUGAUGGAGAUCCAUAACAUGUAUCCAGAUCUACCAGAAUCGCAUCUCGAUGAGCAACCUAAAAGAAAAAAAGGGAGAAAACAAAGACCUGCUCGUCCCGAGUCUCCCACCACUACCCCAAAUAUAUCUGUGAGGAAGAAAAGCAAAGAUGGAAAAGGUAAUACCAUUUACCUUUGGGAAUUUUUGCUGGCUUUGCUACAAGACAAGGCUACAUGUCCGAAGUACAUUAAAUGGACGCAAAGAGAGAAAGGGAUCUUCAAGCUGGUGGAUUCCAAGGCAGUUUCUAAGCUUUGGGGGAAGCACAAGAACAAGCCUGACAUGAACUAUGAAACAAUGGGCAGGGCACUCAGGUACUAUUACCAAAGAGGUAUUUUAGCUAAAGUAGAAGGCCAACGUCUUGUCUAUCAGUUCAAAGAAAUGCCAAAGGAUCUUAUAUACAUUGAUGAGGAUGACUCAAGCUCUGCAGAAUAUUCUGGAAGUUUGUCAUCAGAUGUUCCUUUGCACUCUCCAGUUUCUACUCCUUAUCGAAAUCCAGCAAGAGCAUCUAAAGGGUCUCCAAAUGCUGGACAGAGAAGUAGCUCAGCCACUGUCCUCAAGUCACCCAAAUCUUCAAAAGUGAAAGAACUAGUGGAGCCUAACAAGCAACAGUUGUCCUUGUUGCCAUCAGAUAUGUUGAGAACAGUGACUCAUUCCACUCAACCUCACCCUACUCAACUCUUUCGGACAGUCCAUUUAAUGCCUGGACAGGCUAUUCCUGAACAAGGCUUAAGUUGCACCAUUCAGAAUGACACAAUGUCCUCUGCGCAGACAAUCAGGUCUUACCAGUCUCCAGGUCAGGUUCCAGUAGUGGUUUCGCCUGGCAAUCAACAGAUGCAUACUGUAACACUCCAAACAGUGCCCCUCACCACAGUUAUAACAAGCACAGACCCAGGGGCUGCAGCGGGCUCGCAGAAAUUCAUAUUACAAGCCAUUCCUUCAGCACAGCCGAUGACCAUCCUCAAAGAUAACAUGGUGCUACAGUCUCAGAGAGCUUGCUCACCUCCAACGUCCAUUGUUCUGAGCUCCAGCCAGGUUCAGCAGGUUCUCAAUGGCAAUGUUCAAAGCCUUUGUAAUGGAACAGUCAAUGUGCCUUCAUCUCCAGCCUUCAGUGCGACCACUCCAGUAAUGACCUUCUCAACCAGUACUUCCCCUCUGGUCAACCAAACUCCAGGCACAGUCAUCACAUCAGUAAUCAAAUCGCCUGAAUCCAAACAAACACUUUUUCCAUUUAACAAUUUGCACGAAGGCACAGCAGAGAUAGCUGAGCAAACUGAGCAGAAAUACCAGCCACCUUGUGUUUUGGUGGUUACCAGUCCAAAUGGUUUCUCAACCCAGAUGGAAAUCAAACAGGAAAAUGACCAAUGGGAAUAUGACUCAAAUUGAUGAAAAGAAGAUCUAUAUAUUUAAUGUUCUCCAAAUGUGAUGGGCUCUUCCUCAAUACUAUAUUAUAUAUAUAUAUAUACGUUCUUGAAAGCACAUCUCUCUCUUUCUCUCUUUGUAGCUAUAUUUGUGUGUGUGUGUGUGUAUGUGUAUAUAUAUAUAUGUGUGUGUGUGUGUGUGUAUGUAUGUGUAUAUAUAUAUAUAUAUAUAUAUAUAUAAUAGGGCUCCUAUUAUGCAAUACCACAGCAGUAAAACUGUUAAUUUAUCUUCAUCUGUUUUUGAUCUUUAGCUUUUUAACUUUCCAGACUUGCAGUCAGGAAAGAGAAUAAGACUUCCACUUGGGUGUUCUGCUAGUUCCCUGACCCCCAUGUUGAAGGAAUGUGCCUUUCGUGCCACGAGGACAAGAUUUUACUGUCUUAAAUGCACAUAUCGUUAUGCAAAUAUUGACAAUCUUUCAAUGUGUUCAAAUAAGCUGUGUUUUCUGUAAAUUCUAUUUUGUUAGACUGUAAAUAAGAUAAACCAAUACAGCUUUGCAUUUUUAGGUACAGACGUUCCUUCUGUAUCUUGUCACUGAUACAUGACUACUUAAGAGCCAGCAAAUAAUAAAAACCCUAUAAAAAUAAUAUGUAACGUCACUGAUGUUUUUGCACUGUUAUAAAGGCAUUUAUUCCCAUUCUGGUCUGCAUUUGCUCUAUGUAACAUUAAUGUUUAGCAAUAACUACUGUGCCUUUUGUUUAAUCCAGCUAUACAUUGCAUUAAAAUAUUGCAGGUGAUGUGAAAGCGAUGUAAUGGUAUUGAGGAGCUUUUUUUUUAUUGUAAAUAAUGUAUAUUUACUUAAAACUCUGAAAAAAAAUUGCUAAAUCUCAAAUGAAUAAAAUAAUUUCUGCAUCUUCAGAUAUAUUCCAACAAAGAAAGUUAAUUUUUAUAGACUGGAGAGAUCAAUAUAUGUUUAGAGUUCAAAUGUUAUACUUUAUGUAUUGAUA